AUGUCGAGACCCGAAGACUCGUUGCCCCCCGAUCUGUAUUACAAUGACGCCGAAUCACGGAAAUACACAUCGUCCUCGCGGAUUCAAAAUAUCCAGUCGGAAAUGACCCACCGUGCACUAGAACUCUUAGAACUUCACUCUCCUUCGCUCAUCCUUGAUAUCGGAUGUGGCUCUGGCCUGUCCGGUGAAAUAUUAUCAUCUGUGCCCCCGUCCCAGGGCGGCCCCCACACAUGGAUCGGAAUGGACAUCUCACCUAGCAUGCUCGACAUUGCACUUCAAAGAGAGGUCGAUGGAGAUCUUUUUCUGGCCGACAUGGGACAAGGGAUCCCUUUUCGCCCAGGAACGUUUGAUGCUGCUAUCAGUAUUAGCGCCAUACAGUGGUUGUGCAACGCCGAAACGACAGAUGUCAGUCCUGAAGGUCGCCUGCGUCGAUUUUUCGACGGCCUGUAUGCUAGCUUGCGCCGUGGAGCCCGUGCUGUUUGUCAGUUUUAUCCUAAGAAUGAUGCGCAACGCAACAUGAUCAGUGCGGCGGCGAUGAAAGCCGGGUUCGGUGCUGGUAUUUUGGAAGAUGACCCUGGAACGAAAAACGGUAAAUUAUAUCUGGUACUGACAGUUGGAGGCGGCGGGCUACAAGGGGAUAUUACAGGCGUUGUGAAAGGCAUGGACGACGUAGAGGUUGUUGAUGCAAGAAGGAAAUCUCAAAAUCUGCGGAAGGGAGCGAACCCAGCAGAUGUCAAAGGGAGCAAGGCAUGGAUAUUGCGAAAGAAGGAACAAAUGGCGAGAAAGGGCAAGGUUGUGAAGGCGAGUUCGAAGUAUACCGGAAGAAAGAGGCGCCCCGUUUUUUGA